GCCCAGGGAGGGAAGAUGGCGGCGCGGGCGGGCUUCCAGGCGGUCGCUCCGAGCGGUGGCGGCGGCGGAGCCGGGCCCGGAGCGGGGCCUUUAGGGCCUGGCGCCGCGGGGGGGCCUCCGGUGCGGAUGGGCCCGGCCCCGGGGCAAGGGAUGUACCGCUCGCCGUUGCCCGGCGCCGCCUACCCGCGUCCCGGGAUGCUGCCUGGCAGCCGCAUGAACCCCCAGGGACCUGCAAUGGGGCCUCCAGGGUAUGGCGGGAGCCCUUCAGUCCGACCAGGGAUGGCUCAGUCAGGGAUGGACCAGUCUCGCAAGAGGCCAGCCCCUCAGCAGAUCCAACAAGUGCAGCAGCAGUCCGUGCAGAAUCGUAAUCACAAUGCCAAGAAGAAGAAGAUGGCAGAUAAGAUUCUACCUCAGCGGAUCCGGGAGCUCGUACCGGAGUCUCAGGCAUAUAUGGAUUUGUUGGCCUUUGAGAGGAAAUUGGACCAGACCAUCAUGAGAAAGCGCCUGGAUAUCCAGGAGGCCUUGAAACGACCCAUUAAGCAAAAGCGGAAGCUGCGCAUUUUCAUCUCUAACACCUUCAACCCGGCCAAGUCAGAUGCGGAGGAUGGAGAAGGUACUGUUGCCUCCUGGGAGCUUCGAGUGGAAGGGCGGUUAUUAGAAGACUCUGCUCUCUCCAAGUAUGAUGCUACCAAGCAGAAGAGAAAGUUCUCAUCCUUCUUCAAGUCUCUAGUGAUUGAGUUGGACAAGGACCUCUAUGGCCCGGACAAUCACUUGGUGGAGUGGCACAGGACUGCUACCACYCAGGAGACAGACGGUUUCCAGGUUAAAAGACCUGGGGAUGUGAAUGUGCGUUGUACUGUCCUCCUGAUGUUGGACUACCAGCCUCCACAGUUUAAACUGGACCCGCGCUUGGCCCGCCUCCUAGGGAUCCACACUCAGACACGCCCAGUGAUCAUCCAGGCGCUGUGGCAAUACAUCAAGACCCACAAGCUUCAAGACCCCCACGAACGGGAGUAUGUUAUUUGUGACAAGUACCUCCAACAGAUAUUUGAAUCUCCGCGAAUGAAGUUCUCUGAGAUCCCCCAGCGGCUUCAUGCAUUGCUUAUGCCUCCAGAGCCAAUCAUCAUCAACCAUGUCAUCAGUGUUGAUCCAAAUGAUCAGAAGAAAACUGCCUGCUAUGAUAUUGAUGUGGAAGUGGAUGACACCUUGAAAACCCAAAUGAAUUCCUUCCUGCUAUCCACAGCCAGCCAGCAAGAGAUAGCUGCACUGGAUAACAAGAUCCAUGAGACCAUAGAAACCAUUAACCAGCUGAAGACUCAGAGGGAGUUCAUGCUGAGCUUUGCCAGAGAUCCGCAGGGCUUCAUCAAUGAUUGGCUUCAGUCCCAGUGCCGAGACCUGAAGGCUAUGACAGAUGUUGUCGGAAACCCAGAAGAGGAACGGCGAGCUGAAUUCUACUUCCAACCAUGGGCUCAAGAGGCUGUGUGCAGAUACUUCUACUCAAAGGUUCAGCAGAGACGGCAAGAGUUGGAACAGGCUCUGGGAAUCCGUAACACAUAGACAGGCCUGCCUCUCCCUCGCCAGCAGGACUCCUGGCUACCAAACACUGCAGGGAUACACUGCUCAGGCCUAUACAAUUCCCACUCCAGCACAGAACCUACCACUACUGCCCUUCCCCCUCAACCCCAACACCGUAUUUCUGCUGCUCCAGUCCUCUCCUUGGAGGAGAGGGUGACAUUGACAGCCAGGCUAAAGCUCUUGCAUUUCUGCCCUGGCUGAAGCUCUUCCGCAUUUGGGGCAGCUUCAAUUCAGAGUCUUCCUAGCUCAGGAUUUCCUUGCCAGUCCCUCAGGCCCUAUUCCCUGGCUUUACUUCCAAAAUUGAGGGGUGGACAGCUUUUCUGCACCUCAGCUCUAAAUUUAGCCAGGUCUGGGUCCCUUUAGUUUCCUGCAGGGCCUAGGAAAAGGGCAAAUCUUGUACAACUUCUGGCCUCUUGAAUGAGGCAGAUGCAUAUGUUAGGAAAUAACUGAAUCUCUUUCAUCCCUCCCCCCAAUCUAGCUGGCUUUAUUUUCAUUGAAAACUAGUACAACAAAGUUGGCAAGGGUCACAAGGGUCAUACCUGCCUUUCAUAUUAGUGUCUCUAUAAUGGGAUGAUUAGAAAAGCCGCCAGCUCGAAUAUUGGGCCCUCCUGUUCCUCCUUAAUAAUUUAAAAUCCAUUUCCAGGAAAGUAGACACACUUUCCAUCUGAAUAUCAUAUCCCCCUCACCCCACUAUUGUCAACUUUGAUCUCUGGACCUGCAAAAGUUGUCAGAAGGCCAUGUGCAAGCUGAAGUUGCUCUCCUUCUGUCACCGGAUUGACACAGAGCAGGUUUCUGGCAUCCUAAAUGUUUAAAUAAGGGGGAAGGAGAUUUUUAGUGGGAUGAACUGCUCCCUUUUGACACAUCUUUCUCGGUCUUGGGUACCCGCUGGUGGGGAGGCAUUCAGGAUAGAGCGCCAUCUUUUUAUUGACUGAUUCCAGGGACUGUAUUGCAGCUGGACUGGUCCCAGUUGCUUGUAUUGACACUAGCUGCAAAAAUCAAGUAACUGACAACCCCGCUUCCUCUUCCAACGCUGGCAUUGAGGCAAGGGAUUGCUGUGAAUUCAGGAGUCCAGGCGACCCUAUCCCUCUGUGUCCAUGUGUUCAAGUUGAGCGUGAGCGACUCGUCUUGUCUUUGCCACAUGAAAGAUCUCACCCCAUUCCCUCCCCCCCCCCCUUCCCUUCCCUUCCUUUUCCUUGCUUUGUGGUGCUGGGGAAUAGAACCCUGGUGCCUUCCGUAGCUGCCACAGGCUCUCAGGGCAAGUAUAGAUGAAGGAAGCUCAGAGACUGACUGGCUCGGCAAGUGUAGCUGUUCUUAACUGCUCCCUCUUCUUACGCUUUAUGUUCUGUGGUUCUCUUCCACCCUCUCCCCUUGGACCAAAUUUUUUUGUACUGUAUCCUUUUAGAUGUCGCCCCAUUUUAAUAAAAGCUGCCUCUGACUGAA